AUGAGAAAAGCUUUAUUCUUUUCGUCAGGUUUAUCCUCAGAUCUCCAUCUGCAUCCAAGAGCUCUGAGUUUCUCCAGAACCUACAAAUCCAGUUUAAGCAAUCGAAAGGUGUCUUUUUUGAGGGUCGGUUAUGCUCAAAAGAAGAAAUUUAGCUGCAAUAGUAUUUCCAACACAGAGAAUUUAGCUGGUGAAAGAGGAAAGGAUAUACCUUUGGUUAAGAUGUGCGGUAUCACAUCAGCUAGAGAUGCUGCAAUGGCAGUUGAAGCUGGUGCUGAUUUCAUCGGGAUGAUUAUUUGGCCGAAUUCAAAACGUUCCAUUUCCCUCUCCGUUGCAAAGGAUAUCUCCAAAGUGGCGAGGGAAGGUGGGGCCAAACCUGUUGGUGUUUUUGUUGAGGAUGAUGCAGACACAAUACUGAGAGCUGCUGAUGCAUCAGACCUUGAGUUUGUGCAGCUUCAUGGUAAUGGCUCGCGUGCUGCUUUCUCGGGAUUAGUACGAGAAAGGAGAGUCAUAUAUGUCCUUAAUGCAAGUGAAGAUGGAAAGCUCCUAAAUGAAGUUCCUGAAGAGGAUUGUCAUCUCGCUGAUUGGAUUCUUGUGGAUAGUGCAAAGGGUGGGAGUGGAAAAGGAUUCAACUGGGCUCAGUUCAAGUUACCAUCCAUUAGAAGCAGAAAUGGGUGGUUCUUAGCUGGGGGAAUCAAUCCGACAAACGUUUCCGAAGCACUUUCUACUCUUCAACCUGAUGGAAUUGAUGUUAGCAGCGGUAUUUGUGGCACAGACGGCAUCCAGAAGGAUCAGUCGAAGAUAAGUUCCUUCAUGACUGCAGUUCGCUCUGUACAGUACUAA